GCUUGGAGGGCGCUGGGAGAUUACAUGGGGCAAAGCGGCCCCAAAGUGGGGACUUUCAAGAUAUGUAGGGGCUGUCUUGGAGAUUCUUAAGUAGGAAAGGACAAGUCAAGGCUCUAGGCGGGGCAGGCCUGGAAGGGAGACCACAGAGGGUACUCAAUUUUAAGGAAAACAGCGGGCAGAAAGUGAGAGGUUGUAGCUAUCUAGACCUGGACCAUCCACAAAGCCUCUCCCCGGCCACUUCUGGUACGAGAGGGGCGGGACUAAAGCCGCAGCUGGGGAAUUUCGUGUCGUCACUUCCUUCGCAGGUAUGCUCCUUGCACCCGGAUUGGAUAUCCCAUUCCAAUCAGCCGGAUGUCCCGCCUCCUCAGUUUUUCCUGGGUCUGGCUGAAGCAAUGGCGGCCCUGACAGAAGUGCAGCGGUUACAGGCCAGGGUAGAAGAGCUGGAGCGCUGGGUGUAUGGAGCGGGCGGGGCGCGCGGCUCGCGGAAGGUAGCUGAUGGCUUGGUUAAGGUGCAGGUGGCUUUGGGGAACAUUUCCAGCAAAAGAGAGAGGGUUAAAGUCCUGUAUAAAAAGAUCGAAGACCUGAUAAAAUACCUGGAUCCUGAGUACAUUGAUCGGAUUACUGUUCCUAAUGCUGCCAAAUUGCAGUUCAUCUUAGCAGAGGAGCAGUUUAUUCUCUCCCAAGUGGCACUCCUGGAGCAGGUGGAGACCCUGGCUCCUCUCCUGGACAGCUCUCAUAUCAAAGCUGUUCCCAAGCAUGCUGCCCGGCUGCAGGCUCUGUCACAGAUCCACAUCCAGCAGCAGGAUCAGUGUGAGGAAGUGACUAAAGCGACCAAGGCCCUCCUUGAGGAGUACAACAAGAUGACGAUUCUCCUCUCCAAGCAGUUUGUCCAGUGGGAUGAGCUACUGUCCCAGCUGGAGGCAGUGAAACAAGUCAAACCAGCAACAGAGUGAGGGGAGGCAUUCAUUGGUUGAUUCCCCCCCAGAACAUGUUCCCCACUCAGGGCCCUCCAUUUCCUUGUAUUUAAUGUCUCAGUCACCCCCCCCCCGGUGGAUGUGACCUUCCUGUGCCCCCCCAGCUUUGUCUCUUCCCCUUCCACUUGGCAUAAGGAUUGGCCCUGUUUUUAUUAGAGUUUGGGGGAGGGGGCUUUAGGGGGUUACUAUUCUUUAGUCAGCCCCAAUUUGAAGUGGGAAAAGGAUGCCGGACAGUCCCUGUCUUUUACUCACUAUGGCUGGAAGUUCUGGGGGGAUCAGAAGUCGAGGUGACUUGCAGAGAUGCAGGUCUUGUCUCUGGGUUCUUUUUGUCCAGCUCUGUUGCCAUUGUCUCCUUUACUCCUCCUCCCCCAUAACUUACACCACAUAAUAAAAAUCCGAACUCUCUUGUCCUUAUUACUAUAAUAAUAAAGAACUGACACAGA